AAUUGGCAUGAUGUAAGCUGUCUCAGGGUAGUACCGAUGCAAGCCCCCCGAGUCACGUGCGUCUCUUCUCCGCACGGCAAAAACUCACUUCGGGUCGCUCUCCACGCGCCAUCCUCCUCAUUCCAUCCGUUGACUGCCAAUCCUUCCCCUCGCAGGCUGCCCUGGUUUUCCGUCACCCACGCUUCAGGUCGCGGCAAUGGUCGGCUCAAUCGGUAAGGUGACGCCUCCCCGCAUUCAUGGGGGAAGCUACCUCGCCUACCAUCCAUCGUGACAAAGCAACCUCCUGCUUUGCUCUAUUACAAUGGAAAUUGUUCGCCAUUUGUCGUCAUCACGAUGAGAGUUCUUGCUGCUGCUGUGUCGCGCUCGUUCGUGCAGCGAAGAGGCUUUGCUAGCACGGCGAGGACACUGGACAAUUAUGCCUUCGUCGGCUUGGGCCAGAUGGGCUACCAAAUGGCCAAAAACUUGCAAUCCAAGUUGCAGCCUAGCGACAGGAUAUCUAUCUUCGAUGUGAACCCGCAGUCAAUGCAGGGCCUCGAGGCCGAGAUGAAGGCGGCCUCGCAAGGGGCUGCUGUCGAGCUCGCAUCGAGCGCUUUCGACGCGUCAAAGGAUGCUGAUACCGUCGUUACGUGCCUCCCCGAGCCGCAACACGUCAAGGGCGUCUUCGACUCCAUCCUCGUGGCUUCCCUGCCCACCAAAGAUCGCGUUUUCAUCGACUGCUCGACCAUCGACCCUUCGACGUCGCGUGAGGUGGCCAAGGCCGUUUCCGCAGCAGGUCAGGGCCAGUUUGUUGACGCGCCCAUGUCCGGCGGCGUCGUCGGCGCCACGGCUGGGACGUUGACUUUCAUGCUGGGCGCUGCUGAAAAGCUGAUCCCGCGUGUCGAACCCACAUUGCUGCAUAUGGGCCGAAAGGUCCUGCACUGCGGUGAACAAGGCGCAGGCUUGUCGGCCAAGUUGGCGAACAACUACUUGCUGGCCCUCAACAACAUUGCCACUGCCGAAGCGAUGAACCUGGGCAUGAAAUGGGGUCUUGACCCUAAGAAACUGGCUGGCGUCAUCAAUGUCAGCACGGGUCGCUGCUGGCCGAGCGAGGUCAACAACCCUGUAAAGGGUGUCGUUGAGACCGCCCCCGCUGGCCGUGACUACCGUGGUGGCUUCGGGAUUUCCCUGAUGAAGAAGGACUUGCGUCUCGCCAUGGUCGCUGCGAAGGAGGCUGGUGCAGAGAUGAAGCUUGCCGACAAGGCCUUUGAAGUGUAUGAGGAUGCUGAGAAGAAGGAGGAGUGCGCUGGUCGGGAUUUCUCGGUCGUGUAUCGGUAUCUCGGCGGCAAGGAAGAGUGAGCAUCAUCCCGCAUAGGCAAUAGAACACUGCUCAUUUCAUGAGCUGUUUAAUUUGACCAAUAAAGCCUGAAUGAUUUCCCAACACAUUGUGUAUUUUUCUACUGGCCUCACCAACCUCUAUUUAUGCGCUCUGUCAAGCCAACACUAGCAUCUCUCCGAGC